AUGGCAGCCUGCGGCUGGUGCCGGUGCCGGGCGGCGCUGGCCCUCCGGGCGGUGGGCGGCAGCCGCUGGGGACGGCGGGGGGCGGCACCCGAGCCGAGGGCGGUACAUGUCACCUCCCCCAGACUCUGCUCCGAGAGGGAGAGUAGCGUGUCUUACCAGGAGCUCAAGAACCUGAAGAAAGCAAACGUCCUCCACAUCGAUGUUCGAGAGAGGUGGGAGAUUGAGAGAGAUGGGAAAAUCCCGGCGUCCAUCAACAUACCAUUGAAUGAAUUAGUGGAAGCUCUGCAGAUGAAUCCAGCAGACUUUAGGGAGCAGUACAAUCAGAAGAUGCCUGCCAAGUCAGACCAUGUGGUUUUCUCCUGCUUUGCAGGAACAAGAAGUAGACAAGCACUGUGUUUUGCUGCAUCCCUGGGUUUCAGCAGAGUUCAGCACUAUGCUGGUGGCCUUGAGGACUGGGCAAAACAUGAAUCGCUAGAGAAAAAAUGAAGAUGACAUCCUCCAGCUCCUGCCCCACCUUCAGGAUGCUUUGUAGAUUUUAUCAGGAUGCUUUGUAGAUUUUAUCAGGAUGCUUUGUAGAUUUUAGCAUUCAAACUACCCACAAUCCACUUUCAGAAUACAAACGUUUCCCCUCCUGUAAAUGGGCAUUUCAUUAGCCAUGCAUAUUAACUGCUUUGUUUCAAUUAAGUUCUAGGAGAUGAAUAGAAGAUGUUAAAUUUGUUCAGCCUUUAAUCUGCACGACGUUAUUUGCUGGAAGAAAGUGACAAGAAUUUUAAUGUUUUUGGCUACCAGGAUUUUGGCAUGAUUUGCUUUAUGACUUUAAAUAAAUGGUGAUAGCAUGCAUAAAAUUAUCCUUCCCAAAAAACUUUGUUGAGUACCUUGUUUAGAAUAACUGCAGUUUAAUGGAAUUGCUGUAAGUGUCCUAAGCACAGGUGUAUUAUCCUUCAUGUAUAGCUAUAUUUUUAAGUUUUUACCAUGUUAUCAAGAGCAUACAAUGGGAAACUGACUUGCUGUUCAAAAUGUGUGAUUCCUUUCUUUGGAAGUAUGUCCAUUUACAUACACAGGUCUGCUUCUGAGCACAAAAUGCAAUAGCACUCAGUCAACUUGUUCUUUUCCCUUAGCAGCUCAGUAUCAAGUGAGAACUUGUCUAUAUUUACUUGAAGUUGUUAUUAUGGAGAUGUAAUCAUCUUAGAUUGGAAAAUGUGAAGCAUCCAAGGAAGCUAUCUAACUCCCUGCUUUCUUCUUUGUAUAUUAAUUUGUACAUCUGAAAUGUUAAAAAAAAAAACAAUACAUCCCAUCCCACCUAUACAGCCGCAUAGUCAUAAUUCUAAGGAUUGGGUUUUUUAUUUGUCUGUUUUAAUGCUGUUAGCAGUUCAAGGGAACUAGCAAAGCUGAAUUACUCUGAACUGAAUUAAAGCCUAUAGAAAACUGCAGAAGCCUACGACUCUGCGGGAUGUCUGGAAAAAGAGAGCAAGAUUUCUGGUUCUGCUCUGAGAAUUAGCAACCAACUGUCUCACCUCUGUGACAUUUGCUUAUGUAGCAUCAUCUGUUUACAAAUUUCUUAUGUGUGACUCAGAAUAGCCUGCUGAAGCUGUUGGUAAUAUGGAGUUACACAGGGAUUCAUUAAUGGACAUUCAUACAUACGUAAUACUUGAAUGUAGCUCUUCACCAGAACUCCACCUACAUUAAGAGGCCCCUUCCAUUACCUAAACUCUACUCAGUUUUCCCAAAGCACCAUUUUGCCACUCGCACUGUUUAUCCUGUUUCCCUAGAAGGGAAUUUGUUGAGGACAAAUUCAGGUGUCUUCCAUCCACCAAGCUUUUCAUGUGCCUGUUCUGAGAGGAUCAGCUCCAGCUGGCAUCUUUGAAUUCUGAGAUUUUUUGACUCUUCAUAUACUAUUGGACAGUACCAUAUAUGGUGAAACCUUCAAAUUUUGUUCGGGAACCAAACCAAUCAUAACAAGAGAUCCUAUAUUCUCUGGGUUUAGAAAACUAAAUUCUAUUAAGAAAUUAAAUUUUGGAAGAAAGAGGCUAAAAGAAACACAAGCCUUUUAGUAAGUGCAGAAUUGUUACCAAUUGGAAAAAAAACCAAAAUCACAUUCUUUGGCACAGACCAGUUGGCAUUUUAGCAGCUGCACAGUGGAGUCCUUCAGUCCAUUGUUACUUCAAUGAGUGGCAGGUAGGGGCAGAGCGCAAAGGGCAGAAGUAUUUUGCCCCUGAAGAAAGCCUUUCCCAGAAUCCAGCUUCGUCGGAUGACAAUGAGAAACUGAGCAGGAGGUUUGUGGAAUUAAUUAAUGCAGUGCAUUAAGAAAUCUUAAUGUAAGUUUUCUGAUGCUUAGUAGUAGAUUUUUUUUCAACUGUUAAACACCUUUUAAAGGCAAUUUAAAAUAAUGAAAACAUACAACUAAAAUAUUGAAAUAGAUUUACCAACCUUUUUCUCUGUAGUCUAACAGUUUCCAAGCUGUUUAAACAGGUUUUGUAAUUCUCAUCAUUGAAUUCAGAUCCUUUGACUUCACUCUAUUGCCUUUCACUGCUUACACUGGAAUCAGAGAUGGUAAUACCAUCAUCAUCCUGACAGUAAUUACUUCAGAUGCCUCUAGUUAUCAUCAAGUGCCCAAUAUUUUAGCUCUGAGAUUUAGAUCAUACAGAUAAUAAAGGUGUGAAGAAAAGUUUGCAAAGGCUCUUUAGCAGUGAGAAAACUUUUCACUCUGUCCAUUCUUAAUUGUGUAAAGUUCCCCAAUUAAAUAAAUAAAAAAAGAUGAGGGAUGUGUGAUAGAUGUGAAAAGACUGAUGUUUAACUGAAGAACAGCUCAUAUUUACGAACUCCAUACAGCAGUCAGUGUGCAUUUAUUUUUACUUGCCAAGUGCACAUCACAAGUAGAACAUUCUAGGCUUCGAGCACCAAAGACAAAUAUCCAAACCCACUUCAUCAAUUAGGUGUCUAUAAAGGUACAGUUGAAGGGCAACAGCAGUAGCAAAGGCCACAGUGUGUUUUUUCUAUCUUAUUAAAGUGGUUUGGAUUUUACUACCUAAUCUUUAACAAAAAUGACAAGAACAGUACUAAAUGCAAGUAGCCAUGCUGGCUGCAUAUAAAUACACUUCUGUUUCAGUGAACGAGGUGCAAAUUGCAGAGGGAUAUUAUCUACAAAAACAGAGUUCACUUUUCUUUUAAUGGGUCCGUUUUUUGAGUCAAAACAUCACAAAAGAUUUUGUAGAACCCUCCCUGGCAUUUUAAACCUGCAAGAUGUGGUGUUUGAGGAAAGGAGAAGCUGGACAACAACGGUACUUCACUUUGUUUUAUUGUUCAAUUUUUAUAGUCGGGCAAAUCAGCAUUCUUAUUCAAAAUGAAGUUGUACAGAAAUUAUUUAGAAAGGAAGUUAGCUAAAAAUCAUUACAUUUGAUUUAGGCCAAUUCCUGACUUCAGUGGGAUAUCUGCCUGAGUAAGGAACACAGGAUAUGGCCUUCUAUUUGAAGGAAUCUCAUUUUCUCCAGCACGCAGUCAACCAAGGAAUCCCAUUUCAGUUAUUCUAAAGAGUUGCUCCUAAGAUCACAAUUAAAAUUAGCCAGUAUGAAGCUCACCAAAAGCUUGAUCCUCUUAAAUAACUUCUUCAACGAGCCACACAAAUUCACACUAACAGUGAAGGCAGACUAACAGUGUGUAUCUUUUAUACAAAAGAAAAAAAUAAAAAUAAAAAAAACAAUCAUAGCCAGAUUUGUAUUUGUUUGUGAAAUACUCCAAUUGUACUUACACAGUACAUGCAAAAAAAAUAAUUGUUGGUGUUUUGUUUUUUAAAUUCCAAAUGCUUGAAAUGCUUAGGAAAACUGCAGAAUCACUAUACAUAUUGCACUUUUCUGGUAAGUUGGGCUUCUAGGCUUCAAGGCAAAAACAUCCAAGUACAUCUAUUGAGGAAAACAAGCACCUUCCUAACCCCCAAAAAUGAACUGAAUUUCUUCCCUGCAGUUUUCAUUAAAACUCUAACACCAUUCUUUGCAAAUUCUUCUGUGCUUUGCUCCUGAAGGACUGUUUUCACUUGUUAGAAAAUCCAGAUGAUAGGAAAAAAAAAAUAAAAAUAGAAAAAUCACCAAAUCCCUAGGUAAUUAAUAGGUUUAACAUACAGUGCACUACCCUCCUUCAGUCACAAACAAAAUGAAGACAACACAGGUCAUUAAUAUAGUUACACUUAGGCUUCAAGAACACUCUUAAAAAUAAAAAUAAAAAAAUCACUUUUAAUGGCAAGCCACAAUUUUCUCAAAGCAAACCAAACCAGUAACGAACUAUUUGUUUUGAGUGGAUAGAAUUACCCUUUUGCAGCUUGGUUUAAUAUUUGAUUCCUUACACUGAGAAAUCUUAGUACUUUUGCUCCAGCGUCAGAGAAAAUGAUGCAGUUUUAAAGAAAAAACUUCCAAAAUGCUUGACACAAACAAGCUAUUUACUCUUCAAGUUCUUUGUCAAAGAUGUUAUUAAAAAAUUCUGUCCAUUUCAUGAACACAGGAAAGAUCCCAGGAUGUCUUGAGUCAAAGUGGUCCGUAAAGAAAUUCUUUGGAAUGUCUUAAGAUUGGCUAUAACUAGAGUUCUGGCUACCGUUUGGACCCUGUUCUCCUUCACUGUUUGGAAGAGAAACACAAAAAGACACGUCUCAAAACAACAGCACCAUCCUGCAUUUCUGUCUUUUGCAAAUGAAAAACAUUUGUGUAUUUGAACAGUAAUUUCAAAAUACUCCGAUGCAGCUCCAUCCUGAAUUCACUCCUGAAAUCAACAUUUCCUAAGUUCCCAUAACAGAAGCUUGUGCAUAGGAAUGUGUGUGUGCAGGUUCCAAAUACUGAUAUUUAAUCACAGUAAUUAAACAUGACAUCAAACAGGCACAGUUCUACAGAAUCAGGCUCUGUCACUGGACCUAACACACUCUUUUUAACCUGUAUUGCUCAGAUUCUAAUUGCAUUAAUGCUUUUCCACAAAAGAGCAAAUAUUCUCCUCCUGAACAAUCAGACUGCACACUUAGAAGAGCCUGCAGAGCACUAUCAUUCACAAUGCCUCAAACAUAUCAUCAUACCUAAGAGAGUAUUUUAUUUUUUCCAUAUGAAAGGUGCAGUAAGUAAUGGAGGUACAGUACCUGUUUGGAGGUGGUUUUGGUUUAGGCAUUUUGCUAAGAAUAGUAGCCAUCUCCUUCCUCUCAUCAAAGUUCUUCCACUGCUCGUACAGCUUCAGAAUAACCCUGAUUAUUUCUAAAAUCUGAUUUGAAAGAAACUGGAUUUUAGGUCAAUCACAAUAGUGACUUUGGUAUUAAUGUCAUCAUUUGCAGCGUACAGUUAAUUAACCAUUCCUCAAAUUAAGAAGCACAAUUUUCACAUUAGAAACAGAGCUGCCUCUGAUAUUAUCCGGUCUGGCAACCAACCAUUUCUGUAAAGAGUUUUUUGGUUUAACUGUUGAACUGAAGCCUGAACAGAACCGUUCUCUCUCUCCCACUCCAUUUCCAUCCCACUGUAUCAACCAUUUCUCCUCCUAAAGCCAAAGGGCUGCUUAUGCUUUAUACUGCUGGGAAAACAAGGACACUUGGCAACAUGUCUGUAGCUGAAUGAUCACGGAUUACAAAUGAAGUGAUUACUGUCUGUGUUCUGUACCGACCAGGGGCACAGUGUUAAAAACAAAUGAAACCAACACUGCUCUGAAUUCUUUACUUCCAAAAAUAAAUAAAUAAAUAAAUAGAUAAAUAAGUAAAUAAAUAAAGAGCUAAGAAGUGUCUCAAUACUUUAUAAUAAAAAUUGUUGAAUUUUCAAAUUCAAUUUCCAGAAGUAUAAAUAUUCUCUACCAGUUUGGAGGCUAUAUUAAUUUCCUGUUAAUUUUCUAGUGCAGUAUUUUACAUAGAAGGUGGAUAAACACAGAAUAACCUCAGUUGGAAGGAACCCACAAGGAUCAAGUCUAACUCCAGCUUCACACAGGA